AGUUAUAUGUAUUUAUUGAUCCCAAUACUAUUACUACUCUAUAAGGUCUAACAUCCGUGAGUUAGAUAAAUAAUACCAACAACACUUGCGCGGCUUGCACUAACUCUUCUCACACUCUUUUCUUUUCUCUCUCUCUCUCUCUCUAAAUUCAUCAUCAUCACAUAAUCACCAAACAUAUAUCUUUCCUAUGAAUCUCAAAAACCAUGCACAAUAUGUGAAGUUAUAUCCAAAUUAAGCAGCUAACAUUUCUUUACAAGAUCCUUCAAUUGGUGAUGGGAAGAAAAGGAGGAAGCUGGUUCUCUUCUGUUAAAAAAGUUUUUAAGUCAUCAUCGUCGUCUUCUAAAGACACGUCAGUGCCUGUCUCCACGCCCGUGCAGCCGGACAAAAAGAAGGAAAACAGAGAGAAAUUGGGGCAUGAAGCGGCAGAGGAGGUGUCGUUCGAGCAUUUUCCUGCAGAAAGUUCACCUGAUGAUGUAACCAAUGAAGAGAGUACGACAUCAACACCUGCGAGGGACGAUAGAAAUCAUGCCAUUGCCGUUGCAGAAGCUACUGCAGCAGCUGCUGAAGCUGCUGUGGUAGCGGCUCAAGCAGCUGCAAGAGUUGUGAGAUUGGCCGGUUAUGGACGCCAAUCUAAAGAAGAUAGAGCAGCAACAUUCAUUCAAUCAUACUAUAGAGGAUACCUAGCUCGACGUGCACUGCGCGCAUUGAAAGGAUUAGUGAGGCUACAAGCAUUGGUGCGAGGACACAAUGUGCGCAAGCAAGCGCAAAUGACAAUGCGAUGUAUGCAAGCAUUAGUACGGGUGCAGGCACGAGUGCGAGCACGCCGGAUUCAGUUGAGUCAUGAGAAUCUUGAGAAAGCAAUGGAGGAAGAGCAAGAAUUUUUGAGACAACAAGAGACUGUUACUAAGCCUAUGAGUCCUAUGAGGAGAUCAUCAGCCAUUAAUAAUAAUGGUUGGGAUAACAAGAAUCAAAGUGUGAAUAAAGCUAAAGAAAAUGAUUUGAGAAAACAUGAAGCUGCAAUGAAGAGGGAAAGAGCUCUUGCAUAUGCUUUCAAUUAUCAGCAGCAACAUCAAAAACAACAUUUACAUAGAAAUUCAAAUGGUGAUGAUGUUGACAUGGGAACCUAUUAUCAUCCAAAUGAUCAAGAAAAAGCUCAAUGGGGUUGGAACUGGUUGGAGCAUUGGAUGUCAUCACAACCCUACAAUGUAAGACCCUUAGGCCCACGUGAGAGUUCUUACAUGACACUUCCUUCAACAACAUCAAACACAACAGACAACAUGUCUGAAAAAACCGUUGAAAUGGACAUGGUUGCAACACCAAGUAGAAGCAACUACAAUUUGGGCCUAAUGGGCCAAGAGUUUCAUGAAGCAAGCCCAAGAUUCAGUAGGCAGUCUCAAAGACCACCUAGCCCAGGUAGGCCCAGUUAUAUGGCUCCAACUCAAUCUGCAAAGGCUAAGGUUAGGGCUGAAGGUCCAUUUAAGCAGAGGUUUCCAUCUGGGGCUAACUGGCACUCGUCUACUAAGGGAGGAUCGGUUAUUGGAUCGGGCUGUGAUUCGUCUAGCUCGGGUGGUGGAACAGCGUCUGUUUACCAGUUUCCAAAAAGCCCAGGCCCAAAUGUCAAUGGUGUUCGUUCGGAGUCUAGACGGAUUGUGGGUGGUAGUCAAGACUACACUGAGGAUUGGGCCAUUCCACUUGGAGCCCAUGGUUGGGCUUAAUUUGAUUCUUUUGUUUUUUGAAAAAUAAUAAACAAAAUGUUAAUAUCCUCUAUGAUUGGUCUUUGGUAUGAAUUUGGUAUUUAUGAACAGUUCAAUAAUGUUGUUGAUGUGAUGAAGUUUUUGAUUGUAAUUUAAGGAUAUUUAAUAUUA